CACUUCUAUAUUUUUCAAUACGUAUAGUUGCUCGAUAUCCAAGCCGCCAAAAUGUCGAAGCCGUUUGACCCCGAGCAGGCGCAGAACCUGGAAGAUAUGGAGAAGCAGUUCGCCGUCAAGGCCGUGGAGCACCUGAUGACAUACUGGUCCAUCCUUGAAAAAGUCCCCGGAUCCCAGCUGCGCCUGACGAAAAUCGACGACGAGAUUUACGAGCACUUCAAGGCGGAAUUCCCCGAUUUCGACCCGGCCGAGACGAUUGAUGAGGACAAGAUGAAGAGCAAGGAGGGCAAGGAGAAGUGGCGUAACUGGAUCAACCAGUACGAGAAGAAGAUUCACGACUUCAACUUCGGCACAAUGCUGCGGGCGAACCCAAAGACCGAAUACGAAAGGGACAAUACGAUUUUUGCGAUGAGGAUGCAGUUCUAUGCUAUUGAGAUUGCGAGAAAUCGCGCUGGUCUCAACGAUUGGGUUUACGAGCAGGCACAGGCACGGGCGAAGAAUUCCAGUUCAUAA